UAUAAAGUGUGUAGGCGCAAAUUUCUACUCCUCGGUCGCAGAUCGCUACGUCCAUACGCGUCUGUCAACAACAUCAGUAAACUCUUAUGUCAUUGGGCUGUCAUUGGAAUUAUAACGCGCGUUAGAACACUUACAAGGGGCGGGGUUUACGUGAUACUAUACACAGCCAGUGAAGUGUACAGUCUAGUUGUCGUGUUUCAGCCGUACUGUUCAUGUCACGUCAGUACAGCUUAAUCAGAAACGGUUUGUAUUUGGGAGACAUGAGCUGCGCUCUUGAUUCUGCUUUGUCACUUGAGUUAGACAUCAGGAAUGUCUUGAGUCUGACUGACCGGGCAGCUGCAGAGCAGGUCCGCACCGUUCAGACAGAAGUUUGUUCCGAAAUAAAGUUUAAGCACGUCGAACUGGAGGAUAGUCAAAAUGCUGAUUUGCUCAGUCAUCUAGACGAGUGUUGCGAGUUUGUUGCAACUGGUCUAGCCAAUUCGCGUGGCUCUGUUUUAGUGCACUGCUUCGCUGGGGUUUCGCGUAGUGCCUCUGUUGUGAUCGCCUUUCUCAUGAAAUCAGAGUCUCUGUCUCUGCAAGAUGCGUUGGAUCGUGUUCGAAAGCAAUCUUCCUGUAUUAGUCCAAAUAUUGGUUUCAUGAAGCAGUUGAGUCUGUAUGGAGAAAUGGGUAAUAGAGUUGAUGAAUCGAGCAUGCAAUUCAGGCAGUACAAACUUGAAAAGCUGGCGGCUUCUAUCCAAGGUGGAGAACAAGAAAUUCCUGCAGCUGCUUUGGUUUCCGAUCCCUUGUUGCAGUCACACAAAUCAAAGGACACAGUCUUGCACAAAUGCAGAAAGUGCAGAAGGGUUCUCUUUACAGAGGAUGCUGUGUUACGUCAUGAACCAGGUAAAGGAUCCGAGGCAUUUGGAUGGCGAACGAAAGCGAGGGAAUCAACCCGAGUGACUGCCAGUGAAAACUUGUCAACAGUAUGUAGCUCAUACUUUACAGAACCAGUUGAAUGGAUGAGAGAAGGACUAAAAGGAGUCAUAGAAGGCAAAUUGCUGUGUCCCAAGUGCAACUCAAGGGUUGGAGCAUUCAACUGGGCAGGGAUACAAUGUUCUUGUGGACGGUGGAUAACUCCUGCAUUUCAAUUCCAUAAGAAUCGUGUUGAUGACAGCAAAUAUAUUCCGGUAUCACCUUUACUUAAAACUACGUAGAAGACUAUGCCUGUAUGUGCAAUUAUGAAAAUGAACAAUGACAGUUUAUUCUAAAUUACUCGAACUAAAAGCAUUAUUUUUUGCAUCAAAAUGUGGUUGACCUUAACUUAAAGAACAAUUGAUUGCUAACUCUAGGAGUAUUAUCCUCCAAUGAGGUACUGUGGUAUUAUGGUGUAGAUCUGUACUGCAUGUGAAUACAAUACAUAUAUAUUGAACACUAUAGCAAGUGUAUUAAUUACGCAUCAUCAUUGUCGUCGUUUCAAUUGUUUGCACAUUUCCUUAAGGCUAAGUGCAAGUCAGCUUGUUUAUCUAGAGUUCAACACUCUAACCUAGCACAUUUUAUUAUUUGAAAAUUGCCAUAACAAAU